ACGGGAUUAAACGCACAAGGGUUUUUAGGGGAAAACAACUAGAAGAUAAAAGAAAAAGAAACAUCUGCUUGGAAGAGCUAAACAUGAAUAAGAAACAGUUUCUGAUGAUUCUGGGGUUCGCGCUGGUUUUUGAAGGUGCUCAGUGUAAGGAAAAUGAAGUGUUUGUAGCUCAUGGUUCUGUAGCAGUGCUGCCAUGUAGGGAUGAGACUUCUGCGCACUCACAUCCUACUGCAGUCUACUGGAGCAGGAUAGUUGGAAAUGUCCUGAAGACAGUUUGGCGGCGAGAGAAGAGCGGGUUAGAGUUUCGUCCGGUUAGAGACCCACCACGUGUUAACUGUCCUGUCCCAAAUUUCGGAAAGGCUGAUUACAGCCUUCACAUCGCUGAAACGACAAUCGAAGAUGGAGGAAAGUACAUCUGUGAAGUUGAGGGAAAGAAUCGGAUGCAGAAGGUCAUCAAUCUCAGAGUUGUAAGAGCGUCAUUUUCUCCUGCCGUAGUGGUUGGGGUUAAGAACGGAUGCAACAUGCCAUGUCAGUUCUGGGACACAAAAGAUGGAGGAGACUGGACCUGUCAGGCUGCAUACAAUGGUGGAGUGGUAGAGGCAACCACAUCCCUACAGGUCAAAGGUGCUCAGUGUAAGGAAAAUGAAGUGUUUGUAGCUCAUGGUUCUGUAGCAGUGCUGCCAUGUAGGGAUGAGACUUCUGCGCACUCACAUCCUACUGCAGUCUACUGGAGCAGGAUAGUUGGAAAUGUCCUGAAGACAGUUUUGGCGGCGAGAGAAGAGCGGGCUGAUUACAGCCUUCACAUCGCUGAAACGACAAUCGAAGAUGGAGGAAAGUACAUCUGUGAAGUUGAGGGAAAGAAUCGGAUGCAGAAGGUCAUCAAUCUCAGAGUUGUAAGAGCGUCAUUUUCUCCUGCCGUAGUGGUUGAGGGGUUAAGAACGGAUGCAACAUGCCAUGUCAGUUCUGGGACACAGUCUGUACGAAUUAACUGGAAACGAAAUGGCAAAUUAACAAGGAGAAAAAGCUUCACCAGCGUGUCUCAGAAAGAUGGAGGAGACUGGACCUGUCAGGCUGCAUACAAUGGUGGAGUGGUAGAGGCAACCACAUCCCUACAGGUCAAAGGAAUCGUCACCCCUCAGGAUGACUCUUCAGUGGUGUACGCUGCUCUCGGUUCCUCCGUCUCCUUACCCUGCGUCUUUACUGAUGGUCUGAUCCCUUACACUGUGAUGUGGAACAGAACCUCCACAACAUCAUACUCUCCUCUUCCUCUCCCUGCAUCUUUCCACGAGUCUGCUGGACCCUCAGCAUCAGCUACUAUACAGAGAGUGGAGGAUGGAGAUGAAGGGAUGUAUACAUGCUCAGGAAUGAUGAAGGGAUUGAAUGGAGAGAGUAAAAAAGUACAAAGAACGAUGGAGCUAGUUAUAGCUCGAGUUUUGAGAUCCUCAUCAUCCAGCGGUAAUGGACCCGUGACCCUGAGCUGCCAUCUCAGCAACUCCAGCCACAUCACUUCCUAUGAGUGGCUCCGUGUGAAUUACGGCCCAAACGACACUCAAACAGUGACCUCUGUUCAAAAGACUAAGAGCUUCAGGAUUAAAGAAGUGAAUGAGAAAGAUGCUGGUGAAUGGGUUUGUCGCUACUAUGGGGAGCAAGGAGUUCUGGGGAACGUGACUUAUGAACUUCAUGUGAUGGGUGCUGUAAAGAGUGAAAAUUCAAGUUCUGGUAACAAAACCGCUAUGGUGAUGGGAUUAGGGUUUUUCUUCUUGGUGAUAUUCCUGGUUUUGUUCCAGAUGUACAGGAACUAUCGCCGGAAGAAGAUGAUCCUUCUUUACCCUGCGAUGGAAACCAUCGUCCAUCAGGCCGCCACUGAACGAGAGAAGAGAGAGAGGAGCAGGCCAAAAAUGGCUGAAGAUUGUGCCAGAGAUCCCAAACCAGUGUGUGUGUAAACGUGUGUGUAUGUGUGUGUGUGUGUUAUGGGAGAUGCCUAUGUGGAUGUGUGUGUGUGAGUGUGUUUUAAACGCAGACAAUUGUAGCAGUCCAUUUAAACUGUAAAUACAUCACUGACAUAUAAAUGUAUAAAUUUUGUAAAAACUAAUUUUGGUGCAAAUAUGUUUUCAAAUAUGAAUGUAAAAUCUAUGUAAAUAAAGGGAAAACAUACUUCAUUUAUCAUGUUUUAA